AUGGGCAGAGACUUACAUAAUAUUGCAUCGCCUCCUCGAGGGAUAAUUAAGGGCAGAAUUGAAACAUUUUUUCAAAAUGAAGCAAUAACAGCUAAUUAAAGUAAAUAACCUUUGAAAUUAAAAUGA